AUGGAGCCUGGUUCUUGGAACUCAACGAGGGUGCAAGCCUCUCACCUUGAGGGAAUGAAUGAUGGGUUUUUGGUGAAUUCUGGGUUACAGGCCAAAACAAGAAAUGGGUCAUGUUCAACUUCAUCUUUGGUUUUGGAUAAUAAAAGGGCAGAGCUUGUGGAGGCUAGUGUGAAAAUGGAGAGGAAAGGGGUGUGGGCUGAGAGAAGCAUUGCUGCUUUAAAGAAUCACAGUGAGGCUGAGAGGAAGCGCAGGGCCAGGAUUAAUGCUCAUCUUGACACCCUUAGGAGCCUAUUACCUGGUACUAGUAAGAUGGACAAGGCAUCAUUGCUUGCUGAAGUUAUAAGCAACCUGAAAGAGCUGAAGAGGCAAGCAGCAGAAGCUAGUGAAGGUCUGCUUAUGCCAUUGGAUAUUGAUGAAGUGAGAGUUGAACAGCAAGAGGAUGGUUUGCUUGGUGCCCCUUAUUUAAUCAGGGCAUCUAUAUGUUGCGAUUACAAGCCUGGAAUUCUGUCUGAUAUAAGACGAGCACUUGAUGCUCUCCAUCUGAUAAUAAUGAGGGCAGAGCUUGCGACUUUGGAAGGCAGGAUGAAGAAUGUUUUUGUGAUGAGCAAAUGCAAAGAAGGGCAUAGUGGUGAUAACAAAGCACACCAGUUUGUCGCUGGCUCCAUCCACCAGGCCUUUAGAUCCAUACUUGAUAGAGUUUCUGCCUCACAAGAGUUCUCAUUAAAAUCUGCACUUUCAAACAAGAGGAGAAGGGUUGCCUUAUUCGGUCCAUCCUCGUCAUCUUCUUCAGGAGAUCUCUGGUGA